AUGACCAGCUUCCUUUCGAACCUUGUACAGUACCAGGGGCUCUUUCAAAUGAUCACUGUCCUGGGGAUCGGUGGAACAUUCCAAAUUGGCUUUCAAAUUUCUACUAUCACCUACAUGUCUCAGCAUGUUAAGGCUUUCAUCAAUGAAACUUGGCUGGAGCGAUAUGGUUACCCCAUCCAUCAGGAUAACCUCUUGUUCCUGUGGUCUAUCACUGUGUCCAUCUUUGGUAUAGGAGGUCUCUUGGGUUCCUCAGGAAGUAGAUACCUGACUGUCAAGUAUGGCAAAAAGAAAUGUCUUCUGUGCAACAAUCUGCUCAUGAUAGUGGCAGCAUCUAUCAUGGGCUGCAGUAAAAUAGCCCGGUCCUUUGAGAUGAUUCUAAUUGGACGCUUCAUGUGUGGAGUAAGUGCAGGUCUUUGUGUUCCUCUACAUCAUCAAUAUGUUGGGGAAAUUUCCCCUAAGAAGCUACGUGGAUUUGCAAACUCUACUUCCUCUUUCUUUUGGUCACUGGGAAAAGCUGUAGGGCAAAUUUCAGGACAAAGGGAGCUGCUGGGCAGCCAGUCCCUGUGGCCCAUGCUGAUGGCCUCCUGUGGACUUCCAGCGCUGGUCCAGCUGGUCACUCUGCCCUUCUUCCCUGAGUCCCCACCGUAUCUCCUCAUGCAUAAAGGAGACCAGGAAGGUUGCAGAAAAGCCAUAAGGCAGCUUUGGGGUGAAGGCCAUCACCAAGCAGAGAUUGAUGACAUCAUGAAAGAGAAGGCAACAAUGAAAAACACCAAGAUCUUGAGUGUCCUGGAGCUAAUGAAAGAACAAGCUUUCCGUUGGCAGCUGUACAUGAUAGUUAUUCUGACCGCCACAGUUCAGCUAUGUGGCAUCAAUGCAAUUUAUUUUUAUACUUUUGAAGUCCUCCAGGCAGCCGGCUUUGAUGAAAGAAUGAUCUCCUACAUGACCCUCUCUGUUGGACUCUCCGAACUCGUAGCUGCUGUAGUCUGUAGCUCCAUCAUUGAGCGACUGGGCAGGAAAGUGCUCCUAAGAGGAGGCUAUUGGAUCAUGGGUUCGCUGCUAGCUGCUAUCACUGUGACCCUCUCCCUACAGGACUGGUAUUUCUGGAUGCCAUACUGCAGCCUUUGUCUGAUUAUCUUGUUUGCAGUUGUCUUUGGAGUUGGGCCAG